ACCGCACAGCCGGAGGGCCGCUGACCACCAACUGGCGACCAUGGGCGGUGGCUUCUUGAACCGCGGCGAGCUAGAGCCCCUGUCCGGGGAGGUGGCGCGGCCGUGCGGGCGCCGCCGAGAGAGGCGAAAGUGCUGCGGGGAAUCUGGGGGCUCGCUCCCGUUCCGCUGCCCGGAAGCAGGAAGCGCCAGGCCCAGCCCUCCUCCUCGCCUGCUCCCAUGCUCGCUGCGCUCCGCCUCUCCAGUCUGGUGGGAGCCACCCGGGCGGCGGUUCAUGGGGUGAGGAGGCGCGUGGGCGAGGGAGGGCCGCUUGCAAGGGAAGGCGGGAGAAGCCUCCGGGUGGGGGUGGGGUCUCUUGGCCGCUUGGUGGGGGUGGGGAUGGGGGUCUCGUCGGGAGCCUGGGCAUGACAGGGGAGAAGGGCAGCCCCAAAGGCGGGGCGGACUGUCCCAGGCCGGCUGCCCCCUUCGGAGGAGACCGGGGUGUGGGGGACCAAAGGCCUCCAUGCUCCUGUCAGUGGCCGGUGCUUUCCUCGCGCCCCACAGCUUGGAAUGUCAGUGGCGGUCAGUGGGAGAGAAAAAAAAAGGGUGUUUUAAGGGGUAGCAGUAAGUUCCAUAAAUUGUGGUCCAGCUCUCUCUUAAGUGGGUUCUAACAUGUACGGUGUUUCCUAAUUAGCUAAGUAUUUUAGACCCCCUGUUUUUCGAAAGCCAAGUCACAGAACGCCUCCAUUUGUAAUUAUUGAUAACUCCACGGUAGUUUUUGUUCUAUGAAUGGUGCCACGGACCCCCUGGGUGGGUUACACGGAUUCCCUGGGGUCUGUGGACUAGCAACUGGGAAGAACCACUGCCUAGCAGAAAUCUGGAAGUUUGUGUUCAACAUAAAUAAGCCUGUGCUUUUGUCAUUUGUGCAUGUCGAGGAUCAUAUUUCUUGCAGCUGGUGUUUACAAUCUCACCAGUGUUACAUAAUCCCUGAAGGCGUAUAGGGUUAGAAUCUCAGGUAUGUUGUUGAUUUCAUACAGGUGAAUGAAUGAAUGCUAGAAUGAGUUCCUGUGUCAUUUAUGCUGAGUCUUGUGAAUGUUGGCAGUUUCAUGAGACUUUUACAGUAAGUGAUGAGGCUUUACCUCUUCAUGCAUAUGCACAUAAAGUAAAACAGGGCUGCGUUAUAGAUUUGCAAAGUCAACCAUGCAGUGUAAAUGCCCCAUUUCAAUUCAGACUCUGGAGUAGUGUCUCUAAGGCUUCAAUCCUGUGUUGUUGGGAGGAAGCCAAACAGCGUGCCUUACUUCUGAGUAAACAUGCAUAGAAGUGUGCUGUUAAAACUGUUCUAACCAUUAUGGGGUAUUCUUAUUUCUGAGUUAUCGCUUUAAGUCUGAAUUAUCCCUUGGCUACAAAAAUGUGAGACCAGAACAAAUCUGAAGGUCAUAUUGCCCAUCCCUCUUCAUUGAUGCAGCUCCUUAUUCAUUUAACAACGGUAGAGGUUAGAACGUGGUACAUUAAAGAAGUCGACAGAAAGCAGUGUGUACAUCUAGUGACUGAAAUCUAGGUGGCUCAAGGGAGCCACAGAUGAUCUAUAGUUUUUCUUUCUUUGCUACAGAGGGCAAGAAAAAUCUUAGGUUCUCAAACCAGUCUCACCUGGAGAAAGUUUGUUGCCCAAAUCUAGAUUCUAACUAGGCCCAUUGAUGCAAUCCUGUAAAAAAGGAAAUUGUACUAGAUUUAAUAUCUAGUUGAAAACAUAUUAACUGAUGUAUAUGAUGUAUAUACUAUCUUAUGUAAGACAAUUAUGUGACCAUAUAUUUAAAAAAUCACUUUGUAAAGCAUUAUCUGGAGGCAAUUGACUUAUAGCAUGCCUGGAUAGCUCAGGUGAUUAUAAUGCCAAAGUUGCAGGUUCGAUCCCUGUAUGGGACAACUGCAUUGCAGGGGGUUGGACUAGAUGAUCCUCAGGUUCCCUUCCUACGAUUCUAUGAUUCUAUGCCAGUUUCCUCAUCUCCAACAAAUUCAGAGGUUGAUUUGACCCCACCCCCUUGUUCCCGAUGUAGAUCUUUAUUCUCCCAUUGUUUCUGAUGUAGAUCUUCACUCUUUCUUCCUUGGGGUGGGACACACACACACACCAUUUUGUGGUUUGCCUUAGGUGCCAAAAUGUAUUGGGCUGGCCCUGCUUCUGCACACACUUCCUAUUUUGGGGGGGAAUUGUGCUGAGUGUUUUGUUCCCAGGGCUGGAACACUGAAUCCAACACAGGAAUCGGGUCUGACUGUGUGUAUGAAGAUCAGAGCUGCUGGUGCUGCUUGUUUGUUGUGGAGUGUUGGAUCUCACAAGGAAGUCAGAAUUCUAAAGCACAUCUUUUGCUGGGAAAAUGCUAUAAAAACAAUAGUAAUACAGCUGUAAACCCGUUGCGUCCUCCUGUUGAUACAUAGCUCAUUUUGGACUCUCUCUCUUUACUUAGAAAUUAAGCAUUUCUCCUGCCAGUACAUGAUUGCAUAGAGUCAUCAUACACCAGGACCUUGAGGGGUACUUCAGGAAUGGCUUGACCCUCUACAUAUUUCCUCCUUUCAGUAUCUUCUUGUCACAUUUUUAGUUGUACAUGGAUGGGUUGGCCUUGAUACUAAAUUGUUGAGAGUUUCAUAAAUAACAGAGUACCCUUGCAGUAAAGAAAUCGUGAAUGAAAGGUUUGAUAACUGAAUGGUAGUUUGGUGCUAAAACGGAUGUUUAACAAAUGCUAAACUAUAAGAAGGCUCAAAAGUUUACCUGUAAGUCUGCUUGUGUAUGUUGUUCUUGCUCUCCCUUGACCAGAAAUAGGUUUUGUGAGUCAGAUCCUCAUUUGUAAAAAGUGGACCUUUUGUGAAAUAGCUUUUGUGCUACCUUGAGAAAAUAAAACUUCUUUGUGUAUACCAUAUUUACUCAAGUCUAAUACGCCAUCAAAUCUAACGCACACCUCAAUUUUUGCAAUGUAAUUUGGCCAAAAAGGUGAACAUUAGAUUCGAGUAAAUACGGUGGUUUCUGUCUGUAAAUGUAUCUAAUCCAGCAUUCGCUAUGGCUUCCCAUGUUUUCUUGGAAAUUCACAAGCAGGGUGUGAAGGCAACCACUUCCUAUUAGGUGGUACUCAUAGUUGUAGGACAAAGAGCCUUGGCCUAGCAUGUUUGUAAUGCCACAAGAUUUUGUGGACUACAGUCCACUUCCUUAGAUGUCUAUGAAAGCUUUUACCAUAAUAUGUUUGUGUACAGUUGCAUCUAACUAAGUCAUUGCAUGAGGAAAACAGUGAAACAGCUUCCACUGGUUUAAUAGAAGUUCCUCUCCUCCUACCCCCAGCUCCAUCAGCUCUGAAGGGUUGGAGAACCCCCACGGUAGAUGGAGGGGGGGGGGAGGAAGAAAGAGAGAAGUUAUAUUGCGUGAGUGACAUUAUUCCACCCGCACAGUGACUUCAUCCCUCUCUGUGCCAAUUUCUGCAGUUUCAAUGUAAACAACGAUGAUACUUUUAUAGUAGUCAUUAUGUGUUUUACUUAGAUGAACAAACUAGCCCUAUUUUAGAAUGUUUAAAAUCAAGGAUCUGGGUGGAGUUUAAUGAGCUAUGUUAAUGAGACCUCACAGCCAGCUUUGCAAUUUUAACACAAAGAAACCUUGCUUAGAUUAGGAAUUUGCUGUCCUCUCCUAUGAUCUUUGAGGCACUGGAAUAUCUUGUUUCUUAAUGUUUUGAAUUUUCCUUAAUAGGAUUUUUCACCAGAGGACAUGGAGCUUUCUGCCAGCGAACUCAGCAUUUAUGAUAAACUCUCGGAGACCAUUGACUUAGUGAGGCAGACCGGUUAUCAGUGUGGUAUGUCUGAAAAGGCCAUUGAGAAAUUCAUCAGGCAACUCUUGGAAAAAAAUGAGCCCCAAAGGGGACCCCCACGCUACCCUCUUUUGAUGGUACUCUAUAAGGUAAAGCAUUUGUGGAUGAUCUUGUACUUGUGCAUGUCCUUAUACAAAAUGGACCACAGUUUGAGGUCAACCUAAUGGAGUGAAACCUAAUGGCCAGAAUAUAUCAAGCGAGAUAAAGGCUUGAAUCACUGCAAUGCCUUUCGUUACCAUGCCUGUUGUCUGGCAGGAAUGUUAGAAAGAACUGGCACACAGGGUCAAACUUUUGGUGCCUGGAUGCCUGACCUAGUUUUGUUGCUGAAAGUCUGGUUGCAUAUUUGCAUUUUGGCCACUACUGUAUUAUUAAAUGCACAGGGAUCACAUUAUGGUACUGAUGUAUAGGCAAGAGUAUGUACUGAGCGAUAAUGCACUGCAAGUAACAUCCCCUCAUUGAUAACCAUAUUCACUAGAGUAUUUGAACCUAUAUUCCUGCAACAGCUUUUGUCAGCAGGCAGUGACACUAAAGCAGGGAUGGGGAAGGCCAGUGGUUAGGGCUGAUGGGAGCUGGAGUCCAUCCACAUCUGGAGGGCCCCAGGUUCCCCAUCCUCGCUCUGUAACUUCAUGGUGUCAAAGCGAUUUAGCUCAGCAGAUCAUAAGCUACAUGAUUACCUGAAAGGGACAGUUCUCACUCAGAACAAGUGCCUGUGACUAAUCUAAUGCUUGUCUUCUCUUGCAGGGCCUGGUUAUGCUGGGGUUAGUUUUACUAACUGCGUACUUUAUGAUCCAGCCGCAUACGCUUUCGCCACCUGAAACGACGCUCUCCAGAACCCAUGCGUGGGGCUCCCUCAUUAGUCAUAUCCGACUGCUGCCUUUACCAAUUACCAAGAAGUAUAUGCUGGAGAGUAAGAAAGUUAUUUGCAUAUUUACUUAACCAUAACAUAUUUGGGGUGUAUUGGUGGUAGCACACAUGAUGAUAUGCUAAGACAAUACAUGCUAGGGAAAAAUAUUCAGUAAUGAUGGCCCUAGCUUUCAUUGCAAAAUAAUACUGCUUUUUACAGGGAGCAAAAUGAGAACUACUACCAAGGUCUAUAUGAGGGCUGCCUGCAGUAAUCACUAAUUAACUCAUCGACAUGCUCAAAGGCUUUGUUUUUGUGUUUACAACAAAGCUUAGCAAAUUGCCUCCAGUGGGCAUGUUCUGAGACAUUUCACUCUGCAGCAUGGCAACCUGCUAGCAUUUUUUUUAAUGUUCUAAAACUGGUUCCAAACCAGUCACAAAUGAGGAUAGGCAGAGCCUAACGUUGUGAAGGAAAGUUUAGAAAGCACAGGGAUGUUUGCUUAUUGUUGGGAGAGCGGUUUAGUUUUGGAUUUUUUGAGAGUGAAAACAAACCAGUUACCAUUGGCCCCUUAUUUCGUACUUUAUGAAAUUAGCGCAGCAUUGCACGUACACACAGAUUGUACAAGAUAAUGUGUUGCAAAAGGGAGGUUCUGGGAAGCCAAAUCGGACAAGGUGAGGUUUUUCCUCUGCUGCUGUUAAGUCUCCUCCUAGCAUGAGCAGCUUGCCCCAGAGUGGAGUUUUCAGCUUUUUGUCUUUCCUGGAUGGCCUCUGGCUGCACAACUAACAGGUGCAGCUUUUCCUGGCAUGCUUUACUUAUCACACAGCUUUACAUUUUUUGGAGGGCUGCCAGGAACAAAAGUACUUUGGUAAAUUUGUCCGCAGUUUAAACUGGACUCAGAAGGCUUGUAUUCAUUUUUUUAGCAGUUGCAUCAGACUUUCACCCUUUACUGCCUCUCAGGAUGCAGAGAUCCUGGCUUUACACCACCUAUAUCAAGCACAUAUCCACAAAUGAUAUCACCAGUUAUCAUUUUUUGUUAUUCUAAUGCAUUUAAAAACGUUAAAAUCUUUAAGAAUUGCUGUAUGUUUUCCCACUUGGCUAAAUAUUUAAAUCACACAUUUAGUUGCUUGUGGAGUAUUUCAACAAUGUCCAAGCAUAUAGGAAGAGCCUGAUCAGGAUGCUGCUAAUGGUAAAGUGACCAUUAACUCUGGUAUUACCUGUAAAAACGGCUUGCAACAUAAUUCUGAGUCUUUCCACUAGUGCCCUAAAACAUUCAAAGCAGCAUUUGUACAGGAUUACUCUGUGCUUAAGGUGGUGCUUUGAGUUCUGCAUGGAACUUUGGUUCAAAGUUCAGUACCGGUAAAUCUGAUUUCAGCAGGUAGGCUAUGAAAGGUAGUGGUGCAAAUCUCUUCUGUUUAUUUUUUUGCGGUAGUGAUUGAAAUGUACACGUCAGGAAAUGUAGCAAUCUCGGUCUUUGUCAACAGAAAUGAGGAAGCCCCUCCAAGGAAACUUGAAAUGAGACUAGUGUUUUGUAGCUGAACUUUAGUAUUCAGCUGCUGCAGGAAGGUUUCAGAGCAGUUAACUCUGAGAUAAUAAACCACCAAGACUUUGCAUAAACCAGACAUGGGUGCGGGCAGAACUGUCUAAAUUGCAGCUAGCUGAAAGAUCAUCACAACUGUGCUGCCUUCUCAGGCAGAUUUGUUUAAAAACCUUAUCAUGUCUACAUGUGUUGCUUUUUUUUGUUUUGUUAGCGCUCAGUUGAAGGAAAUUUUAUUUCUGGGAAUGCUUGGCACACAAAUGGUUGUUUUUCCUUUGUGACAGUUGAGAAUAAACAAGGGGUGGGUAAGGCAGAAGAUAGAUUGGAAUGUAUUACUACUACUACUACUACAACUACUACUAUUUAUUACCUGCCCUUCACCCUAGGGUCCCAGAGUGGCUUGCAAUUAAAAUAUAACAUUAAUAUUAAAACACAGUAUCACACAACAUUAAAAACCAGUUUAAAAUGGGUAGUUUUCUAGCUGAUUGGCAGUGGAUUAACAAAGACUAUCUCCAAAAUUAUUUAUUUUUAGCCAUAGCAAUAACAAAACAACCCCUUCAACCUAAAUUAGCUUGUUGAGAUAAGGAAAGGUUACCAGAAACGAAUUUUUUGUGUGUGAAAGGAUCAUGAGCAGAGAUCAGUACUGGUAUUGAAACCAGUUCCUCAGCUCAGAAUGUAUAUGUUGGCAAAAACCCAUUCCUGCAGAAAUAAACAAAACCACAUCCAAUUUUUGUAAUAGGUCCCUAAAUCUUUUGAAGAUGAUUUUCUGAAAUCUCACACUCCAUUUAAAAAUGGUGUGUGUGUGUGUGUGUUUAACCUUUCCCCCUCCAAUCAUGUCUCCUUCAAAAUCAUACGGUCCAACUGCUUCUACCUUUGCAUAGAUUGGGAUGCAUAUUUGCAAGACUAAACAAGCAUCUGGAAUCCCUUGGGUGGGGAGUUUUGACUGAAAAAAGGCCUAGCAGGGAAAGGGCUAAGCGCUCCCUAUGCUGCUCCUGUGUUUGAAAUCGUAGCCUCCCAAUAGUACUUUUCAUCAAAUGAACAUAGAACAUUGGUGUUUAGAUACACACAAUUUAUAUGUGAUGUGCAGUCUGCCACUCUCAAGUUUUAAUCCUGGGCAUAAUCACUUCUAGGUAAGCUCUGAUUUUGUACAAUGAGACUUAUACCCUAAUAGGCAUGCAUAGGAUUACAGACUGAAUUGUUUCAUGACUAUUCUUACAUGUACAUAAGAGAGAGGAUCCUUUUUUUGCUUAGAUUUUCAUACUGGGCUUCUAUAUGUUAAAGCAAUGACUUUUCUAGCUCCCAAUUAUAAUAGCUUAUCUGAUACUAUUUGCAUUCUGUCAAAAGCAAAUUGAAGGAAUGCCAUGGAGCCUUGCCGCCUCAUUCUAUUACCGUAUUUUUUGCCCUAUAGGACGCACUUUUCCCCCUCCAAAAAUGAAGGGGAAAUGUGUGUGCGUCCUAUGGGGCGAAUGCAGGCUUUCGCUGAAGCCUGGAGAGCGAGAGGGGUGGUGCGCACCGACCCCUCUCGCUCUCCAGGCUUCAGGAAGCUAUCUGCAAGCCUUGGGAGCCCGCGGGAGUUCCCGCCGGGCUCCCACGGCUUGCGGAGAGCUGCCUGCAUCCCGAAGCCUGGGCGCGCUGAGCAGUCGCGCCUGGGCUUCAGGUAGCUCUCCGCAAGCCAUGGGAGGGCUCCCACGGCUUGCGGAGAACAGUCGCGCCUGUUCUGGGGGCUGGGGAAGCUCGGGCUUCCCCCGCCCCAGCCCCGCGCCUGUGGGGGAAAUAAUUUUUUUCCCCUUUAUUCCCCCCCAAAAAAACUAGGUGCGCCCUAUGGGGCGAAAAAUACGGUAAGUAUCUCAAGGCCUCAAAGGAAGAUGAGGGCUUUAAGUGUAGUACAGUGGUACCUCGGGUUAAGUACUUAAUUCAUUUCGGAGGCCCGUUCUUAACCUGAAACUGUUCUUAACCUGAGCUACCACUUUAGCUAAUGGGGCCUCCGCUGCGCCGCCACCACAUGAUCUCUGUUCUCAUCCUGAAGCAAAGUUCUUAACCCGAGGUACUAUUUCUGGGUUAGCAGAGUCUGUAACCUGAAGCAUAUGUAACCUGAAGCGUAUGUAACCCGAGGUACCACUGAAGUUGGAUGGGUCUCCUGACAUAUUUUUAAAGGAAAGACUGAUGGACUGUGUAGUCGCAGCUGGUUUACUGCUCUCUGAUUCUUUCUAGCUUGGUAACUGUCAUAGUUUCAGGAAUCCUACAUUCUGCAAAAUCUCCCAUCUUAAAUUUAGCUCACUGCCGUGCCCUUGCAUUAGUUGGUUGAUUAGGUCCAGCCUUGUAAGUCACUUUCUGCAACUCUUAAGCUGGGAAAUGAUAAAAGGGAGUAAAGGCUGCUGCCAUAUCAACGUGUGUUUCAUAAUGUACAAUGCAAAGAGCAAAUGUAACUAAGCAGCUUUGGUGGGAUGGAGAAGAAUCCUGCUUAGAGGCUGACUCAAGCUAGAUGUCAAGCAUCUUUGAAGAGCUGCUGUUUAUAUUUUCUGUUGUAAUAUCACAUCAGUACAUAAUGAAAAUGAUUAGACAUUAAAGGAAUUGCUUUGGUAGCUUGAAUUAGCUGGCAAAUGAAAAGAGGAGGGAGCUCUUUGAAGAGAAUCGCUCUUGCUUGUGAAGGCUGUUGACAGCGAUGGAAAACUUCUUCAUCACUGUUGCAGUGCCCUGAAAGAGGAAAAUGUAGUGGGCACUUUAUAUUUCCUUUGCCUGGACUGAUAUGGUCACUGGAACUCAACAUUCUAGAAACCCUUUCUCCCCCACUUCCAAGAGACUAGAUCUAUCCUUCAAUCACAGAUUUAAAUAAUGAACUAUAUAAUAAUGUACUGGGUGAAACCCAAGAUACGCAGGGCUAUUUGGAGACAUGAUUACUCUUAGCGCUAGGAUGUGGUCCAGUGGGAAGCCCUCCAUUUGUUCUUGGCACAGAAAAGUAUCUUUAAAAUGAUGGUAGUAUGGAGCUAGGCCAACAUUCAUUUGUCCCACAUUUCUAAAUUCCUUUGACAUACCAAAUCCAAGACUAGAAAUGAUUAUGUUCUUUGCCAGGCAUUUCUGCUUCUCUGAAAUUGUUUGUAAAAACAGGUCAGACUCUUGGGCUCAGUUUUGGCUGUUUGCAGAGGUGCAUGAUGUAAAGUGGUGGGCGAAAUUCCAGCAGGUCACUUUUAAGCUGGCAUAUGAGCCACAACUGCCUUGUUAGCAAUGAACUGCAACUGAGGUCUGAAAUGAUAUGAUUGGAAGAAGCAUUUCUACAUUUCCGAACCCUUGAGCACUACCCCCGAGCCGUAAAUUAUGAACAAGGGUGCGGUUAGCAAAAAUGGUUCAUUUGGGAAGAUUUGCAGCAACAAUAUCUAUCUUUUUGGCUCUCUAGCUUAGCGUGAGACAUGCUUGACUUCCAUCCAACAUUCAGGGCCCUCUCAGGCUAAAUCAUGUCUUGGAUAAUUUCAGUUGAGUCUGCUAUAGAGCAUGCACAAAGAUUUCCUUUGCAGAUUAGUGUUCUUUCCCACCAGAAAAUACUGAUGCCUCUAGAAUGUUGUCCAUUAACGUCAGCCCAGCUGCAGCAUCCUUACACCAUUAUGAACUGAACUGUAACUGAUGCCCCAGGGCUCUGAAUCUCAUUGUAAACAUCUCAUUUUAUUAUAAUCUGAGGCCUAAUAACAGGCACAUGUGUUGGUACACAUUUUUAAAGGUCCAGGCUGGCUUUGUACAGAUGGGUGGUGCAAGUUCUUUUUAAACAAUGACUUUAUCUUGGCUAUUCAGUAGUUGAACUGUUUGUUUGACAUUUCUUAUAGCAAACCAGCUCCAUGUUAUUUUGGGAAUCUGGAAAGUAGAAAACUCUUUUGCAUUUUUUUGCAUUUAGGGUAGCAUGUUAUAUAUAUAUAUAUAUAUAUAUAUGUAUAUGUAUAUGUAUAUGUAUAUGUAUAUGUAUAUGUAUAUGUAUAUAUCUGGCCACAAAAGAUGGGUUUGUUGUGGGGGUGAAUGUUGGGGUUCACGCAGUGGCAAAUAAGGUUUGCCAUUCAAAGCUUAGUGUUGAGCCAUUCUAAGAGAGUUAGCUAUUUUUUAAAAAAAUUCUUGAGCACUGCAUUGUGUAAGUUGUUAAAUUAUUCUUUCAAAUUCACUAGAUGUGCAGAAUUGGGUAUUUUAACGUACUGCUAUUUGAAAACCGGUUUCCAACUCUUAGAUGUAGAAACUAGCUAUGAAAACGUUUGCUUAUAUUUCUUGGUAACCCAAAGCAAUUGAAAGAGGUACUAACGUGAUUUCCCAGGGGAUCAAGGAAUGGGGCUUCUAUUCCAUCACCAUUCCUACUACUGUCUCUCCCACAGCAAAGAACUGUGCAGGAUACUCUUGUCUUAUCCUCUUUGCAUUCUUUUCUUUGAAAACAUUGGGAUUGAGGGGAGGCCAAAGAAAGUGCAGAUUUAGGAGAUGGAGUAAAUGAAAUAAGUAGUAAUUCAUUUAUUUUGGACAAAAUGUGGAUAUUUGAAUGUGAGUGCACAUAGUCCUGGUGGUAAUUCCACCUUGGUGGUUGUCAGGGAACUGACAUCGGACGGAAGGGAGGUGAAAGGGCUCACACAGGUUGGGAGAGACUCAGCAGCUGAAGAGGGAACCAGUAGGGGGAGAGGAGCUGAGCGGAGGGAAAGUGAGCUGGAGGGAUGGCUCAGAGACACUUCCAGCGAAAACAGUGGGGAGGUUUCAGGACCUCCUGUAGGGACACCCACUCCUCGCCGGAAACUGACACGCAGAGGGUCCAGAAGACGUGUUUCCGUUAAGGAGCUUUUAUGUUGGAAGCGAUUACAAAGCAACCACUGUCGGAAUCUGCUAGUGACUAGAGGAGCCAUGUCUGAGGGGCUCCGUCACAGACAGAGGUUUGUGGACUUGAACAAACUCUGAGGGGAUACGAUUUUACGCACAAGCAGCUCAUCAUCCCAUCACAGUGGUGUUCAGCUUUGCAAAGUUGUGAAGAAGCAGUUUCUUCCUUGCUUCAGGAUUGGUAUGCUUAUUAUGUAAAACAUGGUAGAGUGAUGUGUCCCCUUCUUUCUCCCUCUCUCCAUGCAUUCACCGAGCAUGUGCAUUUCAUAAAAAUUCAGUUUUGACAUCUGGUUUCCACUGAACCAUGUCUGUUGUUCCAGCUGGGGUAAUCUGAGGAUGACAACACUAGAACUCUUGUGGCUUGAAAUUUGAGGUUUUUUUUAAUUGUGCAUUUCUUUUUAAUUAAAUUCUAAUGUUUGAGUUUUUUUGUUCAUGCUGAAGCCCAGUUUCCAAGUUUUUAUCUCCAAUCUUAAAUGCUAAAACUUCCCCCACAAAAAAUGAAAGUUAUGAUUUUGAAGUCACUGUUGAAUACACAUAGCACAAGACGCUUUGAAUCCUUGCCAUAAAAUUGACUUUGAUAAUUAAUGGCUAUAACACUUAAUAUCCCUGUAAGGUGCUCAUAACAGGAGCACCUUUCAGCUUUUUCUGCUGAGUCAUGAUAUGCCAUGAUAUUCUUAGAACCUCUGGUGACAGAUAGAAAUAAGAGAGGAGGAUGACAGAUGAGGUCUCCCCCUUUCAGUUAUACUGUGACUGUGGCUAAGCUAGAAACUGGGAGGUGGGGGACAGACCUGUAUCAGUUCAGUGCUUCAAAGUGCAAUCCGCUAUUAAUUGGAGGUUAAGUACAAUUAAGCUUACUCCAAGAGAAGUGUGCAUAGGAUUGUUUUCUUAAUCUCCCCAGUCUUUUACUCUCAAAUGUGAAGGACUCGUACUAUCCAGGUCUCUGCAAGCUAGUUUUGGUGACUUUCAGAUGCAAAAUUGAGUCUCGCUAUGGUUUUUUUUUUUAAUGUCUAAAUGAAGUCAGAGCUUGUGCUGCUACUUUUAAAUGAAUCAAAAUAAUGGUUUGCUUUCCUUGACUAAACCUAUUUUUAGUUUUAUUCCAAUAUACAUAUUUCUUCUUCCAGAAAAAAACAAGUCUGUUGCAAUGAGUAGCUUUAUAUUUUACCGCCACUGUUUCUCUCUUUCCUUGUAGAGUGCUAAGUUGUAAGACAGAGCAGCAAUAGCAAUGAGGUUAGCAAUUGUGAGUAUUGUAUGGCCAUGUUUUGAGAUUGAGGAUGUCUGCUAAGCAGGGAAAAAUAAUUUCUGCUUGGAGUAAUGUUGGCUGCUGCAGAGCAUAGUACAACUGAUGGGGUUUUUUUUGGCUAGCGCAGGUUAUCCAUGGUUUAUGCUUUAAAGGAUCUCAGCAUCAUUUUGAACAUGUGCACCUGCAUAAAUCCAAAGGAGGCAGCCACAUUGCCUGUAGUGAUCUCAUCUGUUAAUGGAGAACUUUACUCGUCCUGAAUCAAAUAAAUAAUUUGGCACAGGAUAGCCCAGUACAGGCAUGACACUUCUACCUAGUCAUGCCAAGAAAUGGUGCAGCCUGUUACCAAAGCUAUGCAGGGCGGAUGCAUGUUACAGAUUUUGCGGGUUGGAUAAUCAAAGUGUGAGCCAACCCUUGGAGACCAUGUGGCGUUGCUGAGCUUACUCAGCUCCUGAUGUGCAAAAACGUUCUAAACGUGAUGUUACUUGAGUUUAUUUGUAGUAUGAUUUAGCCUAUAUGGCAUGAAAGAUAAAUAUUUUUUUUAAAAAAAUGAAUGUAUGAUAUCAGUGUAACCACACACGCUAUUCACCUAAGAUUUAUGGACCAAAUGUCCAGUUCUAGUUUGUCUGUCCGGUUUCUGUAUCAUUCUGGGGAAAGUUCUUCACACGCUUGAGGAUCAAAAGGCCAACUUUAGGUACAUGCCAGAGGAUUUUUUGAACAUUUUGAAACAUAGCCACUUUUACUGUAUCUCAAACUGCUUUUGAAACUCUCUUUAAAUUUCGAAAGCAGUUUGGCAUGUACCACGGGGCGCUGUUAUUUGCGUAUUGUUGGUCUAAAAUCCCCUUUAGGGACUAGCUUGUCUGGGCUAGUUGGUUGGUUUUCAGAUAUUUACAUCCCACACAUAGGCGGACCCCUGUGGUGGGUAGAAAACAAUAUUUAAAACACAACAAUAAGGGAGCAGAAACUUAAGAUGAGCACAGCUUAAAACCACAUCCACAGCCAAAAACAAAACCAGUGUCAAGAGCCAACUUGGAAAUAGGAAGGGGUGGAGGUGACAACAAUUCCAGCUCUGUGUGCCAAAGGCACAUUGAAAUGAAACAGUCAACUAGGCCUUGAAAUGUCAACCAAAGAAGCCUCCCAGGACAGAAAGUUCCCCUGCCUGGGGACAAUAACUAUAAAGUCUCUGACUUGCAUACCCAGCAGCUGCACGUCUGUCAGUGGUGGUGGAGCAGUAUCUCCAUUGUACCUAAGUACGUAGGAGCUGAUGAUCCUUUAAAUAAAUAAAGACAAUGACAAACAUUUUGGGGCUUGGAAACUGACUGGUUGCUCCAAAAAGCCACCACCAACAAAUUUAUUUAUAUCCCUCCUUUUCCCCAGACGGUGCUUAAGAUUUGAUAAAUUUAAACUAGCUACAUAUAUAAAAUCUAUUAAAAGCAUACCAAUAAUUACAAAACAGCACAAUGCCAGCCCUUUAAUUAAAAGCAGUCUGUUCCCAGUCAGAACAUGUUUGGGCUAGUUGGUUAGUCCUUACUUUUGAGUGUUUUGCAGUUAACCAGCCAACCUAGGAGGUGUGAUAGGUCCAUCUUCUCCAGGAAAGGGCCCAGCCAGUGGCCAGUUGUGAGUUCUCUGGAUCUAGACUGUUGUGUCUUAACUUCCCGACUCCCUUAGCUCUUGGGGGUCCAUCUUUCCUAUCAAAUUAGCUUCUUAGCAUGCCAAAAGUUGUUACUGCAUGUGAAGUGAUUUGAAGUGACUGAAAGAUUAAAAUGGUGAUUAUAUGGGUUAAAAAAAAAUUAAAAGUGCCUGGUGGUUUGUAUGGGUAGCCAAGAGAAACAGUUGGUAAUGAUACAGUACUCUGACCUCAGGACUGAGUGUCAGGCUGACUCCCAUAUGAAGUUGCUGAGCCUCUAAGGAGAGAUGCAGAAACUGCUCCUGUCUACACUUCUGGUCAGUAGGGGGAAAACAGCAACACAAUUGUGAUGCUCAGUGCAGUAGUGAGAAGAACCAGGGAGGAGCAAAGUGUCUGUGAGCUCCUCUCCAAGAGCAUGUACAUUUAUGCUGAGCUAGGGUUUGGCUUAAUGUGAUGUGUGAACCUGGCCAAAGUGGGACUCUGCUGUCUAAUGAGGAUCAAAAUAUCCUCCUUGGUGUUUUGGCACAGAAAUAUACUGCUUAGUAACAGCACAACGGAAUCUUCCUCCUUUAGUGGAUUUUAAAUGAUGUGGGUCUCUGUAUUCCCUGCCAGAUAAAUGCAGAAUUGCGUUAUUUCAGCUUCGCUAUCUCUUUGUCAUGGCAACAGCAGCUCAUUUAUAAUAACUUCUAUGCUAGUCGAAACAAAAUAAAAAAAUUCCUUCCAGUAGCACCUUAGAGACCAACUAAGUUUGUUAUUGGUAUGAGCUUUCGUGUGCAUGCACGCUUCUAUGUUAGUCUCAGCUUUGCAAAUCUCUUGUGUGUGCCUGGUCUUUUUAGACUGGCAGGCAAAGAUAUACACAUCACUGCAAGUUACAUGAAUUAAGUGUUGGAAAUAGCAUGCCUAUUUUUAAGAGUUGAGAAGGAGAGCCUUCCCAGAUAUGUGGUAUCUUAAGCUGCUUGUUUCAAGGAUCUAUGUUGCAGUCUUGGUGGGGAGGCAAUCCUACUGAUGAGAGCCUGUAUGCAUAUUUGUUGGCCCACUGCUUGUAGUUGCAAAAGGAUUGCUCUCUGCAAGCAGACUUGUGAAAGUAGGGACUGGUGGUGGGGACACAUCUAGAACUGGGUGCUGGCCCUGGAAUCAAGCACAAUUGCUCUUGAAACCUUAACAUACAUGCUUUAGCUACAGCAUUCCAGCUUGAAUAUUCUUUUUUGAGAAUUUACAAACUGGCUAUGCUACAAACGGAUCAAGGCCUGCUACACUUAAAGGCCAAAUACACCUUGAGUGUGCCCACAGACAGACUGAUAAUCUGAAAGGAAUGCAGAGGAGUAUAAUUGAGGGUAGUAUAGGAGAGAAGACUACUGCGUCAAGCUGCAGUUCAGUCCUCUUCUACACUCCUCUGUUUGCAUUGCCUCUGCUCUUUGCUCAGUCUGUUAUUCUUCCAUGUCACCCUUCAGUCUCUCUCCAAAUCCAGGCUAGCCUGCUGCCCUCCCUCCCUUUUCCCACUGCACUUUUUAUGCAAGUCACACACUUUCUGGUGUACAAAGGAACACCCUCAACAAUAAAUCUCAGAUUGAUUAAACAAAUUUUUUUAAGCCCACUUGGAAUACUUGAGUGGGUUAUUCAUGGCAAACAAAAACCUCCUGAAUCAUGCAAUUGAGAAUGCAAAUACCCAGAAUUGGCUGCAAAGAUAAAUUGGGCUCUGUUUGGUGGAUGUGAUUAAUGCACAGCCGUACAGAUUGCUCUGUGCUUCUAUAUCUUGCGAUGCUAAACAUCUCAGUCUUUCAAACUGGGUAAACCUCCUGAAAUGGCUUCAAAGACUUUAAAGGCAUCAGAAGCAUUUUAACGGUCCUCCUUUUCCAUGAAUUUUGUAUUGUCUUCUGUUAGGAUGUACUGAAGGAAAUCAAAGGAAGCGUUGUUGAUCGCUUGUUACAGAAGGUGAUCCUUAAGAUCAGGAGUGGGGAUCUCCAGGCCUAGGGCCAGUGCAGCAGCUCCCCAGCCUCUCUGUCUAUUGGGAAGCCAUCCCUCUGGCUAAUAAUAUUACCGACCCUGAUUUGUGCCCUUCCUGAGUUCAUUUGCCUGGCUAGAAUGUGCCCUUGAACUCUGAUAAUGCUUUUAGGAUAGAGAGGAGUGUGCAAGUGUGUGUAGAACCUAGCCUAUUGUACGAAAGUAAAAUUCAAAUUAAUUGCUCUGUCCCUUUUUACCUCUGGCCGCACCCACCAAUACCAUGUGGCCCCCUGAAGGGCUAUCAUUUGCAACCUCUUUUUCUUGAUUCUUUCUACCCCAUUGGAUCUCUCUCUCUCUGUGUAUAGCAGAUUUUCUGUGAUUUAGCCUCUGUGCAGUUGGGAGGUGCACACUGAAGCAGUUGUUCUUGCUUACUAAAACAUCAAGAAUUUGUAUGCGUGCUUAAGAAGAAUACAAUGUCGUUAUCAAGUAUCUUUUUAAGAAGGCUCUGAUGCAAGUUUUCCAGUAACAAACAAGUCAUAUUGUGAUCUUUCUAGAACACAUCCCAGAGGUAACACAUGAAACACAGCAUUCAGUCAGAUAUUGCAAGCUUUCCUGUGAUCCUCGGAUGAAGGGUGGUACAGAAAUUUGAUAAAUAAUGAUGACAAUGAACAAGCCAUAAAGAAUUAACCACUGUGGUUUCUUCUGUCUCUUGAGAGACAGUGUAAUGAUGAAAAAACUGCUCUCUUUUCUUCUCCUGAGAUGUCGUUCUGUAUAACAUGAUUACAGUUACCUAUUUGAAAAAGGAGGGGAGAGACCCUGGUGGGAAAUAAGCCACCAUCUCUUCAUUUUCCCCCCAAUAAGGGGUCAUAUGUUAACCAUCACUUCCAAGCUACAACAACAAAAAGUCUAACCCAUAAAAGACAAAGCCUUACUUAUCUUGUUGUAUUAUACGGUAUUGUAAAAUGACCAUUUAAGCUAAGUCUCUCUAAUCAAAGGAGAUUGAUUCCCCAAAGGGAGUGCUGAAAUUUGAUUUCCAUUGAGGCCAGGCAAAUUGCUUAUGCUCUGUUUUUCCUAUUAAAAUUAGAAUCAGAAUGCCAGAUCCUCAAAUAUAAUUUACCCGUAAUUUAAAUCACACGCUCCUGUUACAUAAGAACGCUAGAAGAGCCCUGUUGGAUCAGACCAAAGGCCCGUCUUGCCAAGUGUCCUUUUUCCCCACAGUGGCCAGCCAGAUGCCUAUGGGAAGCCUGCUAGAAGGACCAUAUCAUGACAGUGCUUUCUCUGCUUGUGAUUCCCAGCAACUGGUGGUAUUCAGAGGCAUAUAGCCUUGGAUACUGAAGGUAGUACACGGCCAUCAUAGCUAGUGGUCAAUGAUAGCCUUAUUUGCUGUGAAUUUGUCUAAUCACCUUUUAAGCUAUCAGUUUGGUAGCCUUUACUGUAUCUUCUGGUAGUGAAUUCCAGAGUCUGAGCUAUGUGCUUUGUGAAUAAGUUCUUCCUCCUGUCUAUCCUGAAUCUUCCAUCCUUCAGCUUCACUGGAUUACUCUAGCUUCUAGUGUGAUGAGAGAGGGAGAAAGGCUUUUCUCUAUCUACUUCCUUCACACCAUGCAUAUUUUUAUGUUGUAUGAUAUCACCCCCUUACUUGCAUUUUUCUAAAAAAGUCCAAAUGUUGGACUUUGGAUGAUAAUUCUGAUUGUCCUUUUCUGAAUCUUUUCCAGCCCUGUGAUAACAGUAUUUUAGAUGCCUCUGCACCGUAGGUUUGUCAAUAUUGCAAUGCUCUUAAAUAUUUUUAUUUUCAGUCCUUUUAACAUGGAGUUUGCUUUUUUCACAGCUGCCAUUUUCACUGAGGUCUCAUUUCUGGUCAUUCACCACCAGAUCAGACCCUAUUGGCAUAUAUGUGAAGACAGGGAUUUUUUGCACUAGUGUGCAUCAAUUACACUUGCUUACAUUUGCCAUUUUAAUGCCCGUUCACCCAGUUGGAAAAUAGCAUUUUGGAUUUGCUCACAAUUCCUUUUUGUUUGUGCUACCCUGAACAAUUUGGUGUCACCAGCAAACUUGGCCACCUCACUGCUCACCCCUAACUUUAGGUUGUUUAUGAAGAAGUUAAAAAGCACAGGGUUAAGCAGGGUUUUUUUUCUAGAAAAAGAGGUGGUAGAACUUGUUGACCUGUUUUAAGGGGAAAUACCCACCCGAAGUUGUUGAGCUUUAUCAACAGCUUUAUCAAAAGCUUUUUGGCAGUCCAAGUACACAAUAUCUACUGAAUCUCUCCUAUCCAUAUUCUUGCUGACGCUGUUGGAUAACACUCCAAGGUUAGUUACAUGGAAUUUACCUUUGUGGAAGCCAUGCUAGUCCUUUAUUAGGAAGAACCACUUACUUCAUUUGAGUAGCAAGUAUGUAUCCCUCUUAAUGAUGUACCUAAUGUUAUGCAUUGCUAUCUGGGGGUGUUCGGGGGGGGGGGCUCAUUCUGAGACAGAACUGUGAAAUGUACCACUUGUUUGCUCUCGAAUGGGGUGACAGGUAUUGGCCAUAUCAAGUUUAAAGAUUCCUUUUCAAUGAAUUAUCUCAUGAUAGUCCACGGCAAUGACAAGUGUAAUGUUUGGAAUCUGUUUCUGUUUGCUUAAGUGAAAUCUUGGAGCUCACAAACCACUUAUAUCCUUUUGCUUCAAAGGGUGUCAAGACUGGUGGGGCUUGGAUUGUAGACAGAAUGUGUCUCAGACUGCCAACUGCUCCUGCUCUGUGAAGAACCUUGUGGCUGCUGCUGACCUAGGGCAGCUAUCCGAAAAACUACCGCAAACUCAGCCUCUCUUCAUCAAGGUAACUGCACAGUGUGGGAUGCCUGUCAGAAUGUGCCCUACUCCUUGGUUGUAUGAGAAAACACAACUCAUAAAAAUACCACUCCAUCUGCUCUCUUUUUCACAAGACAGGACAGUAUCGGUCUUAUGCUGAAAUGAAGCAUUUUCAGUCUCUGUACCCCGGAUUGACAGAUUUCAUCAUACUGGAGGAAUCAGCUGAGAGAUGGAGCAGUCAUCCAGGGCAAGGAGUUCACAUUUUCUGGUGAGUUUGAGCUAGUCACUGAAGUUCUAGACACACACACUUUCUUGAACUUGACCCAAGUGAACUUUCUGGGAUGCGUCUUCCAAAAGGCUGGGUGGGUGGGUGGCGGGUGAAGAACACUAGAAAGGAUGAUGUGGGUUUGCUGUUUUUGUAGCUGUCUUAUUCUAAUAUGUAAUGUAUCAUCUUGACCCAAAUGGAAAAUUGGUCUGCUCAAUUUUAUUUCCUUUAUAUAUUUAUUACACUUAUAACCCCACCUUUCCUUCAAGGAGCUUAAGGUAGUGUACGUAAGUUCUCCUUGCCAUUUUAUCACAACAACCCUGUGAGGUAGGUUAGGCUGAAAAUGAGUGACUGGCCAAGGUCACCCAGUGAGCUUCAUGGCUGAGUGGGGAUUUGAACCCUGGUCUCCCAGGUCCUUGUCCAACACUCUAACCACUACACCAGACCAGCAAUCAAAUUUAUAAUGUGGCAUUUUGGCACAUGUGCCUUGGGAUUCUGAGAGGGCCUUUUGUGGUAGGAUUCCUUAAGCAUUUAAAAAUACCAGCAGAUUUCUUUCCAAACAUGGUUUGACGGAAAGUUUGGUGGGUGUGUUGUGGAGGUGAAAUACACAGAAAAAUACAAUGGAGUUGGGAUGUGAAACUCAACAAAACCAUUUUGGUUUCCCCAGUCAAAUUCUGCCUCUUAGAUGCCUGUAUCUUCCCCCAAAUGCAGGGGCAGCAGAGGUCCAGUUCACAUUGUGCAGGUUACAGACUUUGCAGAAGCCUCUACAGUGCAUGCAAGUGGUGCCACCAAUACAUGCCACUACUUACAGGCCUUUAAAAAGGCCAACUACAGCACUGAGUAACUAAUGGAUUCAGAGAAGCCCAUAUUUGGCUGGAAUUUGUUCAACCCCCAGAAUUUCUGCAGAAAUCUCUCCCUACCCCUGCAAUUUAGAGUAUUUUAUUCCAAAAAAUGCUGGGUGCUGGUUUUGCCAAUUCUUGUUUAAAAUGUUGUCUAACAGCCCCAUACAUUCAGGUUACAGACUCCACUAACCCAGAAAUAGUACCUCGGGUUAAGAACUUUGCUUCAGCAUGAGAACAGAGAGGCCCCAUUAGCUAAAGUGGUGCUUCAGGUUAAGAACAGUUUCAGGUUAAGAACGGACCUCCAGAACAAAUUAAGUUCUUAACCCGAGGUACCACUGUACUGAAUUGCUCCAGUGUUGAGUAUGUGUGUGAGAGAGAAUAAAGGGCUCUUCAGUUGCUUGGAGAUAAAUUCUCAAAGGCAACAACAUCACCUAAGUCACUUUAUUUAAGCUGCUCACUUCAGAGGCUGCUGCUCAGAGGUUGCCAAAGAAACUAGCAUGCAGCAACAACUUAAGGCUACAAUCUUAAACCGAAGCGAAUGUGUGCAUAGAUACAGGCCCUAAAGAUUUUAGGCUUUGAGUCAUAUUUGGGCACUUCAUAAUUGUGGGACACGGUGUUGUCUAUCAUUCAGUGCUGUUCUUACUUUAUGAACUUGUGCUAGACAGUUUGGGUGCAGAAUAUCAAGCUGUGAAUCAUGACGGAUCCCCACACUGGGAUUUCUAAAAUGCGUCCCUGCCCUCCCUUUUCUUGGAAUGGUGAAUAGGCUAGGAUUCCCAAACUCUUUCCCAUGUGGUUUUAGUUAAUGUUUGACUAGGUGACGCCUUCCUUUAUUUCCCUUCAUCAGCAUUUUAUUAAAUGAACUUGACAUUUAAAUAUAUAUAUAUAUCGUUGUUGCAUCAGCCUCUUUGUUCCCUGAGCAUAUUGUUUUCUUGGGAGGUGAUAGGUGAUCUGAACUCAUCCCAAGGAGUCCCUGUCUCUAGUUCAAGCUCUGGGAAAAUCACAUUCUUAUGCUUUUCCCCGCUUUUUGGUCACUUUUGCAAAAUGGAGGCAAUAAUAGUGAUUCAGGAUGACAGAGGUGGAUAUCUUUUGAAGGAACUUGGCAGCAAUGUAAGAUGCUAAGCACAGUCUGGUUCUCUAAAAUGCCCCAUAGGCAAAAUCCUCUGAAUAAAACUCGGAUUCUGCAGGAGAUUUUCCCCAUCUUCUCUUCACUGCUGCUUCCAAAGACUAUUUCUCUGAAAAGCUGUUUUCUCAUCCACAACUCAAGACUUCAGGAUAAGGUGAGCAUUUUAAUGCUUCUUGAAAUAUUUUUUGUGCUGCUUCUCCGAAAGUUCAAAGCAGUUUACAUCACAAUAAAAUGCAUACCAAGAACCCAAAAAUGAAAGAAAAAAAGACACCUAAACAUCAGCAGAAAAUGUUUCCCCAGACAAUGGCAGGGUCCCCUUUCUUUGGUGGGAAUGCAUGCACAAUUUUCUGCAGUUGUCCCAAUGUGCCUUAUGCUUAGCAGUCUCAGAUAAAUGGUGGUGGUGAUCACUACUUGUCCACAUUUCUCCCCAAGAGUAUAAGUGCACAUGUAGGUUGCGGCAGUAGCAUUGAGCACCUAGUCCAUUCUAAAAGGCAAAGUGCUUCAGAUGGUAGUUAUGGGAAACAGCUCUGUGGUAGUCAGCUCUUCUGCAUCUUUGUGUCACCUGGGUUAAUUCGGCAGGGAAAUGUUCUUUCAUUCUCUUGCUUUCCAAUAAAGCUCUGAAAUGGCAUGGGAUAAUUUGAAGCUUCUUCAUCUUCAUAUUUUUCAGACAUACAGACUGCAGAGCACCUUUGUGGUUGGAAGUGGUCAGCUUACCUUGAAUGUUAUCCCUUCUCCGUUGUGCAGAGAACAUUGCAAAACAGUGAUAGUGGAGCUGGAAGCCGGGGAUAUUGGUAAAUACAAAUACAGAUGAUGUGACACUGCAGCAAAUGUUGCAUUCUGGGAGCUGUUCAUUGCAUCCCAUUGUACCUUAUACUCUGGAAAAAGGCAAGCAGUGGCUUGUGGCUCAUGAUUAUGCCCUGCUAAAUGUUCUAAUCUUUAUGAUGCAGCAGGGGAGAAAAUGUAUUCCACACCCUGUCUAUUGGGGGAAAAAUAUGAACUCUGAAUACACAAUGUGGUAUUCUGAAUUGGCUUUUCCCAACCUGGAAGGAUGCCUGGCCAUUGUGGGAAGCUUGAGAUCAGUGCUUUGUAGCAGUUAAAAGCCAAAUAACUGUUUAGGGUAAAGGGCAUGAUAUAUUGCGUAACGUCGCUACGCCACUAAGCAAACCCAUCUUGAUAUAGAACACUAGACUUAACAUUUGCUACAUUUCAAAGAAGAGAGUGUAGAAGUGGGAAAGGAACAGAGAAGGGCUCAGGUGUAAAGAGGCGUGCUAGCAUAAUAAUUAUGGUGAUUUACUGUAGUAAAAAUGAAGGAGUUUCGUGGCACCUUAAAGAUUUAGAAAUGUGGAGUGGAAUCCCUUGCACUCAUCCCUUUAGCACAACAGAACAUUCCCCUGUCUUUGCACAUGCACAGAAUCCUCUCCAAAUGUGCUGCAGAGGGUUGGGGAAACAGACUUAGGGAGCACUAGGGGAGGAAAGGGGGAAAUUCUGUUGCACAGGUGUAAAUCCUUAUGCUAACAGAACAAAUUACUUAGCGCUACUUUGGAUAUAAUCUAUAUUGUGUCAUGGAAAUUCAUAGGACAGGAUCCAUCUUCACUAGGUGCAUCUAGUGAAGUGAUUUCUGGCUAUGAAAGCAUGUACUACAAUACAUUCAUUAGUUUUUUACGGUACCGUGGAAGUCUCUGUAAAACUUUAGGGUUCUGAAAAAAGAGAAGAACUGACCUGUAUGACUUGAUGUAGUAAAUGUUUUUAAUCUUUAAGAUGCUCUUUUAUCAAUAUUGCGGGGCAUGAGAAAUAUAUAGAAUUCCUUUCUUCGCUGUUAGGCCUAAGGAACAGUCAGAGAGGAUUAUUUUUUUUUAAGGGAAAUUCUGUUUCUAAUUUAAUUUCUAUGGGAUGGAGUGAAGCCUUCAAGUCUAAGGGUUGCACUCAACACUGCCAUUGCAUUUGUGCCAUGGAACUUCCCACUCUUCUUCCCUGCCGUCCCUUCCGCAUCCUCCAAAUCUGCUUCAGAGGAACACUCUAAAGGUUCCUCUGAAGAUUGGGGAACCCUCAGGAGCAGAUUUUGGAGGUACGUAAGAAGUGGAGAGGAAGGGACAUCCUUUUCUGUGAGCAGCAUUGGAUACAAUCCUAACAGUAUAAGUACGUUUUGAAAGGUAAGCUCAGUUCAUAGACAAGACUGUCAAUAGCAUUGUCUUUACAAAGAAUAGUAAUGCAGAUCACUUUUCCAAUGUUUUCUCAUUUUUCUCCCUAAAGGCUUUGCAAAUGUGGAUUAUUGGACAACAGGCUUUAACUCCAGGGGACCAGAACCUACUGUUGUUUGUGAUGGAUCUGCCAGUUAAAAACUGUCGAGAGGUGCCUUUUGCUGAGUAAGAGCACUCGGGAUCCAAGGCGAAAGAAAUGGAACACAAAAGAUUUAAGGAUGGUUAGCCACCAUUUCCAAGGAUGUAUCUUUACCCCGUUGUGUGCACCUGCAGUGAAGGAAGGAAUACACUUUAGAAGGGCAUCUUCUCUUGACCUUCAAGAUAACUUUGGCCUUUCCUUCAAACAUCUUGGUAGGAGUUGGAGGUGUCCCCCCUUUCCUUGUGUGUAGAUUUCUCCUUGAAAGCAGAUGUGUUCUGGUGUGGGCUGAGGGUGGAAUUGCUCUUUUGACACACUGUGCAAGUGUGCAAUGCACUCUACAAGUUUCUUUUUCCACCUCUUCCCUAGUGUUGAGAUACGCAUUCUUGCUGCUUUCUUGGCCUGGGUCAGUUUAAUGCCAGAUCCAAGAUUUUUUUCAAAAUGACUAAUAGUUGCAUCAAGCAGCCAAAUUUGCUAGAGGGUUUCUUCUUCUUCUUUUUAACAUUUCAGAACAUGCCAAGCACUACUCUUCUGAAAACUAGGUCUUUUUGAGCUGUCUAGGUUGGACUACUUUGGUCUCAUUUAAUCACUGCCUAGGAAAUUAAAACUUUUUGUGCAUAUUUUGCUUGAACACUGUCCAGCUCUUGUUUCAAAGAUGCUGAUGGGUGGACGCUUUUGCGGGCAGGAUUGGAACAAACAGAUUCUUAAGGCUUGUGCCAUGAAUAAUCUUGCCCUCUUCUUUCCCCCUAUGUUUUGUUAGUGUUUUCUCAUGUCUUAAUCCAUGUUUUUGAAUACAUGUUGAUUAUUCUUGAGCUCUUUCCAAGCUUUGUGCAUUUCUUCUUGCUGCUCAUGGGCUCAUCUGUGCCUUUAGAGAGGAUCAGUUUCAAGCAUGUGCUGUCUACAUUUGUAGUAGUGCUUCCCAGGAGUGAAUCUGUUAGGUUCCUGCUGCGUUAAGACAAUUUGCAGAUGUGUGAGGUUGAAGUCGGAUCCCAGUAAUGAGGGCUGGGGCAUACAAUUUAGCAUGUUUUAUGUGCUAUUGGGGAUUAUUUUGUUUCAACCAAGUUAACAAUGCAACUUUCCACGUGAAAAGUAAAAAAAAAAAAAGUUCAUUUGUAAAUAUAGGUCAAUUUUAAGGAAGAACUUCAAGCAAUCUCUCUAUCUUUGCUAGAAGAUAAGGUGGGAUAUAUUAAUUUUAUGAUAAUAGCAAUGAAGGGCCCCUAACUGGGUCCAAUUCUACUUGAUUUUCUGCAAAUGUGCAGAUUGCAUCUUCGCCACCUUUUUUCUGUAUAUAUUCUAUUUUGGAAACAUGCAUAAACUGAUUUGCAGUCUUAAGUGGGAGAUGCAUAUGGCAGUGAACUUAGCUGUAUGUGUGUUUAAAAGAUCAGUAUAUAAAUAAGAGGCAGCACUAUAGAGACUUGGGUUUUUGGAGGGUUGGCAUUUAAUCUGCCUCAUUCUUUAGCGUUUCCCUUAACCAGAUGAUGAACCUUCCUCCCACCUCCCUUUUCUGCGUAGAGGAAAUUCUCACACUUUUUAUUAACCUACUUGAAGUCCAUAAAGAAAAACAACAACUCUGCAUUAGAGCCCCAGUAUCAUUUUAAGCAGGUUUGUAAUAAUAGCAAGUUCAGUAGGAAAACCGUACUUUGUUUAAUUCUAAAGAAAAAGCAGAGGGAUUUAGUUGAGCAAUUACAGAACAACAUGUUCAUAUAAGUUGAAAAGGACUACAUUCCACAUAAGUUAAUAGAAGUUUCAUGACAUCAUCGUUUUACUCUCCUGGCACCUCUGCUGCUGGGAUUUACACACUGAAGCUAGCAGGUAUCGUAAUUCUUAUGUACCAGCUUUUAACCAAGGGUUAUUGUAGAUUUACACAGAGUACAGUUUGCCCUGAACUGUGGUGUGUCGGCAUCCUUUCCCCCCCCUUGCAAGUAAUGCAAAUAGCAACAAAUCCAAAGUAGAAUUUUACAUGAUGGAAGAUACAGAGGUUGAUCAACACUUACAUGAACAAAGCUUUGAUAGUGAAAUGCCUGUAUUUUAGGGAAUUGUGUUAGUGAUGCUAACUGCUUAAUAGUUGGCAGGGGGUGGGGAAGAAUCAGUCUUUCAGUCAACUCGGGUUCUCUAGAGAGGAAUAGUUUUAAAGGCCAGUUUAUACAUGCGCUGCACAAGUGUUCCCAUAAAAAUGCUUUCUCUUUCCCAACCUCAAAUGCCAGUCGGGAAAUUGGCCGAAGAUAAUGAAUUUGUCCUGCAUACGGACUGGCUUUCCACGUGCUCUUGGUCUUUGCAUAGGUUUCCAGAUCUUUGUCUAGGAGGUGCUAUGCACAUGUCCAAGCCUCAUUCCCUCUGGAGUUUACAUCAUUUGUUUUCAAACUUCCAGUACAUUUUCUCCUUCUCUUUCACAAGCUGCAAGGAAUUAAAACAAGUAAUUGCCCAACAAGAAUCAGAGCUCCAAGUUAUCUGAUUUUCAACUGAUUAAGAGCAUUCAAUUAGAUCAGAGUUUCUUUUGUCUGGUUUUUGGAGUGCAAGCUACCAUUCUGAAGCGUUUUUAAGCACCUGUUACCAUCCUUUUCGGCAAUGGCCAAAGAAGUUUCGUUGGCACCUUUUUGCAUUUAUGGUUGGAGAACAUGGAAAAGAAUCUUUGCCUAGAUCAGAUUCAUUGCGAACUAAAACUUAGCGCCUGUGACUAAGUAUCUAAUGAUGCAAAUAUUAAGCGUAAGAAACCUAUUCUGGAGACAAGUCAGUCUCAUCAAAGCAAAACACUCAAAGUCAUUGGUGUUUGUGAUGCACAAUCAGAGUGGAAUAGUUUCCAAAAGUCUGCAGGAAGCAUGUGCUGAGAACCCUUGGAAGUUGGACAAAUUCCAAACGCCGUUGCUAUUUGUGAUGAAAUGUUCUGGUGACACACUUUUUUGAAAGAGAAGCUCAGCAAGGAAUAAAUGCAAAUAUUGGCUCUCACUAUUUUUCACACCCCUUGAAUCCUAUAUAUUGCUUCUGUUGCAUGCUAUUAAUUCUUUCCUGAAGAAAAUGUUUUUGGUUCCUUCUGUGAUCUUAGCAGUGUACCUUGGCCUGCUUUGCUCUUUUCAUCUUCUGAAGAAGCAAAGCGUCUCAUCUGCUGUGCUGCAAUAUUUACAGAGAUCAAUGACUGUCUGAAAUUACAGCACAUUCCUAAAUCCUGUGACUAAAAUCCUAAGGAGGGGCUCGUCAUGGCGCCAUGGGUUGGCAGGUUUAGUUGUUAACGUUGACAAGCCAAGAUAUGAAGAUCAUUUGCCAGUUUCUUAGUAAUAAAGAUUUUUCCUUAUGAGCAAAUCAGAUCGCCUUGGUGAACUGAAGUGACGUGACAUAGAAUCAUAGAAUUGUAGAGCCGGAAGGGACCCCAAGGGCCAUCUAGUCCAACCCUCUGCAAUGCAGCCGUCUCAACUAGAUAAUACAUGGCAGAUGUAUUAUCCAACCUCUGCUUAAAAACCUCCAAGGAAGUAAUGUUCACCACCUCUUGUGGGAGCCUCCUUCACUGUUAAGCAGCUCUUACUGUCAGAAAGUUCCUCCUCCUGUUUAGUCAGAAUCUCUCUCCUCUUAUGUCCAACAUGCCCAUCCUCUACAUGCCCAACUCUCUCAACCAUUCUGUGUAAGCCAUGGUUUCCAGACCCUUGAUCAUCUUGGUCCCCCCUUCCCCCCGCACACAUUCCAGAAUGUCAGUCUCCUCCUUAUGUUGUGCUUAGAACUGGACACAGUACUCCAGGGGCAGUCUGACCAAAGCAGAAUAGAGCGGGACUAUUACUUCCCUUGAUUGGAACACUCUGCUUUUGUUGAUGCAACCUAGAAUAGCAUUAGCUUUUUUGCUGCUGCAUCACACUGUUGACUCAUGUUAAGCUUGUCGUCUACGAAGAUCCCUAGAUCCUUUUCACGUGUACUACUGGCAAUCCAAGGGUCCCUCAUUUCAUAUUUGUGCAGCUGGUUCUUGUCCUGCCUAAGUGUAGAACCUUACAUGUGUCCCUAUUGAAAUUCAUUUUGUCAGUUUGGGCCCUGAAUCCCAAUUCUGUCUUCAGCGCCAUUGGCUACCCAUCCCAGGGUGGUGUCAUCUGCAAAUUUGAUGAGCAUCCCCUCAAUAUCUUCAUCCAAGUAAUGGCAGGAAGAAGUGAAUGGGGUGGAGAGAAGCUUAUUGGUCAUAAGACAUUCAAAUAAAGGCUUUCCCAGUUGCCUAGGAACACCUAUUUCCAUGGACAUCUAUUGUUUAAAUUGGCAUGAUUCUCCUCCCCCCCACCCCUCUUGACAACCUUCAGACUUCGUUUCAAAAAGCCCUGUGCAAUUUUUCUGAAGCAAAGUAGAGUUUGGAGCAUUCUUAGCCUUUUUCAACAAUGAUAGAGCAGAACCCUUCCUGAUGCAGAAUGGGAGAAAAUUUUGUCUGUGUGUGUGUGUGUGUGUGUGUUUUUUUAAGGUUUCUCAAGAGUUUCAGAUUUGAAAGGGAAGGGGCAAGCCCAUUUCAUUAAGACUUGUUAUGAAUUGGGCUUGCAGGAUCAGGCCUUCCUUGAACCACUGUUCUGCCAGAUGAUGAGCAUCCUUAGGAUUCAUUAGCUACACUGGCGUCUCUGGGCUCCCUGGGCCUACAAAGACCAAAUCACAAGUGUCAAGAAAUUCAGCUGCUUUGUAACCAGUGAAUGGAAGGCAUUAGCAUCUCAGAGUAUUGGGCUCUUUUUCUUUGUUUAUCUUAUGUAGGGAAAUGUAUAGUUUGAGGAAGCCUGAAAAUGAUGGCUUUUAAAAAGGAAACUAUGUAAUUUGCUCUUUCAUUGAAUGUGGGAAAUGCUGGGCUUUCCUCUUGUAUUUGAGACUUGAACAAAUGACUCUUUAUUUUUUAUUAAUGUUUUUUGUCUGUUCAGGGAAUAUGGGUAAAAUGGCUCACUGUUAUACAUUAUAAUGGCUCAGGGGUAACAGGGAAAGUAACUGUAUGUACACAUACAGUUUUGGACAAGUGUAUACACCAAAUUAUGGAACUCUGUUUCUAAUAAAAGAAUGUAAAUAUGCAAUUUUAUGAACAAUUAUAGAUUAAUAUAUUGCAACCAUUUGUAAAUACUUGGGAAGUGCCUGUAAAUAAUGUAAAUAUGUCAGAUUUGUAUGUUUGUGGGUGGGGUCAAUUUCUACUUUUUGCAAUUAAAUACAGCUGUUGAUGCACUUUCCCCCAUAUGGCUCUUUUUGUUUAUUAAAGACACAGUGUCACUAAAAGCCA